AUGUAUUGUUAUCCAAAGAGGUUUGGUAUCGGUAUAUGGUCGCGGCCUUCCACAGUUGGUCAAAAGUUGGAGUCGGAACAACAGUUUGGUCAGGCGUGGGUCACAAGGCGCGCUUCAAUGAUGUCGCCCCGGCAACUCAUGCGCAACUCCAACAUGACACAGAAGUGGCAGCGUCGUGAAAUCUCCAACUUCGAGUAUCUCAUGUUCCUGAACACCAUCGCAGGCCGCACCUACAACGACUUGAAUCAAUACCCGGUCUUCCCAUGGAUUCUCACAAACUACGAGAGCGAGGAGUUGGAUCUGAGCCAGCCCUCCAACUACAGGGAUCUUUCCAAGCCCAUCGGUGCGUUGAACCCGAGUAGGCGCGCAUACUUCGAGGAGAGGUACAACACGUGGGAGCACGAGUCCACGCCGCCCUUCCACUAUGGAACUCACUAUUCUACAGCAGCAUUUGUUCUCAACUGGCUAGUUCGCAUUGAGCCGAUGACGACUAUGUUCCUUGCGCUUCAAGGCGGCAAGUUCGACCACCCCAAUAGACUAUUCUCAUCAAUUGCCAUGUCAUGGAAGAAUUGCCAGCGAGACACCUCUGAUGUCAAGGAACUGAUACCAGAGCUGUUUUUCCUGCCGGAGAUGCUUGUAAACAGCUCAGGCUUCAGACUGGGUAUCCCAGAAUCUCCCUCGGGAGACGUCAUCCUUCCACCAUGGGCGUCUUCCGCCGAAGAGUUCGUGCGCAUCAACCGAAUGGCGCUAGAAUCUGAAUUUGUCAGCUGUCAGCUACAUCAAUGGAUAGAUUUAAUAUUUGGAUAUAAACAAAGAGGUCCCGAAGCGGUCCGUGCGACGAAUGUAUUCUACUACUUGACAUACGAAGGCGGGGUCCGACUCGACCAGAUUACGGAACCCGUUACCCGAGCAGCUAUUGAAGAUCAGAUCCGAAGUUUCGGGCAAACUCCUGCGCAGCUUUUGAGCGAGCCUCACCCGCCCCGCGCGUCCACGAUGCACCUCGCGCCACUCAUGUUUGCAGCUGCCCCUGACGACGUGUGCUUGAGACUGAAACUACCCUCCAACGCUGCUGUAGUCCACGUGUCGGCGAAUACCUACCCGCAAUUGACUAUGCCUGCCGUGGUUACGGUGAGCGCGGCGCGCGCGUUCGCGGCGCACCGCUGGCCGGGCGGCGGCUGUGCGCACGCGCCGCACGCACCGCACGCGCCGCGACACCCGCCCGACCACGCCCACCAUCCACACCAUCCGCUGCUCAUGGACCCGGUCUGGGCGGCGGGUGGCGCUCAGGCCCUGGCUCGACGUCAGUUGGGCGACAACUUCUCGCAACGAGUGCGCGCGCGCAGCAAUUGUUUCGUCACCACCGUAGACUCACGGUUCCUCAUCGCUGCAGGAUUCUGGGACAAUAGCUUUAGAGUAUUCAGCACAGAGACCGCUAAAAUAGUACAAAUAAUCUUCGGCCACUACGGCGUGGUGACGUGCGUGUGUCGCUCGGAGUGCAACAUCACGUCCGACUGCUACAUCGCGUCCGGCUCCGAAGACUGCACCGUACUGCUUUGGCAUUGGUCUGCACGUCACGGUGGCAUAGUGGGCGAAGGUGAAACUCCCGCGCCCCGAGUCACACUCACGGGACACGACGCGCCCAUCAACGGAGUACUUGUCUCUGCUGAACUAGGCUUGGUCAUUUCUUCGUCAGUCAACGGGCCGGUCCUGAUCCACACGACAUUCGGCGAAGUACUGCGCGCGCUGUCGGCGCCGGACGGCGUCUGCUCCCCGCAGCAGCUGGCGCUGAGCCGCGAGGGGGUCGUCGUCGUCGCGUACGCGCGCGGACAUCUCGCCGCAUACACGCUCAACGGUCGCAGGCUGCGACACGAGACGCAUAACGACAACUUCCAGUGCCUGGUGUUGUCCCGGUGCGGCGAGUACCUGGUGUGUGGCGGCGACGCGGGCGUGGUGGAGGUGUGGCGUGCCUUCACGCUGGCGCCGCUGUACGCGUUCCCGCCCGCCGGCGCGCCCGUCUGCUCGCUCGCACUCUCGCACGACCAGAAGUUCCUGUUAGCUGGUCUCGAGAACGGCUCCCUGGUUGUAUUCCACAUAGACUUCAACAGAUGGCACCACGAGUACCAGCAGCGGUACUGA